AUGGCCACAUCGAAGAGCAUCGUGGAAUAUUCUGGCAGGCGUAUCACCUACGAAACACCGCUUAAAUUCGCAGAGGUCGCUACGCGCUUCGAAACGGCACUGAACAAGUCCGCGGGCGGUCCCGCUGUCUUCCGCGUCCUUGGGACGGCCCAAACCAAGGAGGAACUUGAGACCGGCAUCAACGCCUUGACGGCCGGAGGGGACUUCCUGUACUUUGGGGAGCUCGCCCACCACAGGUGGAUGAAGACGUACACGGGCGUUCCCACCACGCCGCAGACGGCUGUGUACACGUUCGGGAACCCGCUCAUCGCGCAGACUAUGCUGUCGCACGACUACGCAGCAGGCCUCCACAUCCCGCUGAGGCUUAUGCUCCUGGAGAACGUAGACGAGGGUGGGACGAAGGUCAUCUACGACGAUCCGGCCCCCCUCGUUUUCCUCCCUGGCGGAAAUGACGAGCUGCGCAAGGCAGCACAAGUGUUGUCUGCGAAGGUUGAGCGGUUUGUGCAGGCUGUCAUCGAACAGAAAACCAAGUGAUAUUCGCUGUGCAUAUCCAGGAUACGGGGAGGCAUUUAUAAAUA